AUGAACUCGAGCGCCGCGGGCACUCACUCCUUCUCCGGUCCCGUGCAAUUUCCUAGUGGAACCACAGUCCUUGUGGAGCUCACUCCAGAUAUCCACAUUUGUGGUCUCUGCAAACAACAAUUCAACAAUCUUGAUGCCUUUGUUGGUCACAAAAGGAGUGGCUGUCAACUGUCUGGCACAACAACUGGCGCUACCAGUACAGUGCAGUUUGUGGCUGAAGAAACAGUGCCAGCCUCACAAGCACAAACCGUUGCAAGGACCAUCACAUCAGAAACACAAACCAUCACAGUAUCGGCGCCCGAGUUUGUUUUUGAGCAUGGCUACCAAACUUACCUGUCUGGUGAGAACGGUGAACCUCGGACAGCUACUCUUGUUACCACUCCACCGAAAUCACGCAGCAAAAAGUCCAACACAUCAGUAGCACAGAAGAAGUUCAAUUGCAACUACCCAGGGUGUCAGUUCAAGACAUCUUAUGGAAUGAAAGACAUGGAACGGCAUUUAAGAACACACACAGGUGACAAGCCUCAUAAAUGUGAAGUUUGCGGCAAGAAUUUCAGUCGCAAAGACAAGCUGAAAAUGCACAUGCGCUCCCACAGCGGAGUGAAACCUUACAAGUGUAAGCACUGUGACUACGCAGCGGCCGAGAGCAGCAGCCUAAACAAGCACCAGCGCAUCCAUUCCGACGAGCGGCCUUUCAAGUGCCAGAUCUGUCCUUACGCCAGCCGAAAUUCCAGCCAGCUCACUGUUCAUCUCAGAUCUCAUACCGGAGAUGCUCCUUUCCAGUGCCGUCUGUGCCCUGCCAAAUUUAAAAUCAACUCUGACUUGAAGAGGCACAUGCGUGUGCACACAGGGGAGAAGCCUUACAAAUGUGAGUUCUGCGAAGUCCGGUGUGCCAUGAAAGGUAACCUGAAGUCCCACAUCCGCAUCAAGCACAACAUGGAGAAUGCCUUCAAAUGUCUCGUCUGCAAGUUCCAAUGCGGGAAUAAGACAAGUCUCCGGCAGCAUCUGCGCACCCACCAGCCCGAGCAGGCUGUGAAAUGCUCAGAGUGCUGCUAUUCCUGCUCAAACAAGGCGACCCUCAAAGUACAUGAGAGGAUCCACUCCAAGGAUCGCCCUUUCAAGUGUGAGUUCUGCCGCUUUGAUACCAAGCAACGGAGCAAUUUGACCACCCAUGUGAGGAAAGCCCAUCCCGAUAAGGUCAGAAUCAGAGAAAAUAUAUCAUGUCAAGGGGAAGGAGAUCGGCCAAAGGAAGGCAACUCCAGACAAGUUGCCAAGCUGGAGGCCAAGAAAGCCUUCAGGUGUGAUUUCUGUGAGGCCUCCUUUGUCCGGGAGGACUCUCUGAGGAGCCAUAAAAGGCAGCAUGUCGAAUAUAAUGGAAAUAAAACUUCUGAGCUGGCUGUCCUGCAGUUCCAGAUGGACCCUAUCCCACAAGAAGAUACUCCCAUUACUGUUAGUCAUCUGCAAAUGCCAUUGCACACUUCCCCCUAUGGGGAAGGGCAGGUCAAGAUCAUUGUUGGGCAUCAACUGCCCCAGGGCAGCAGCUUGGAACAAGGAGGUCAAGUCAGUAUUGUGUCUCCUACUUUAAUAACUCAGAAUCAGGAUGAUCUGUCUAGCAGUAAUCAGCUGCAAAUACUGCAACAGGUGAGCUUAUUGGCUCCACCCCUUCCUGUUGGGUCUCCGGCAGAAGGCCUUUCGGUCGGUCAACCCACAGUCCUUCUCACAACUCACAACCAGGCUGAUGGAAGCACACCAAACCAGACCCUGAUCUCUGCCAUUCCAGUAGGCAGCCAUGAGGUCUCAACUAACCAGGCCUUCAUCAAUGGCACAGGGAUCAGCUGCUCAGAUUUGGAAGGGCUCAAUGCCUUAAUUCAAGAAGGGGCAGAGGAAGUGACAGUGGUCAGUGCUGAUGAGCAGAACAUCUCAGUGCGAGCAUCAGCGUCCCCUUCACCAAUCUUUUCAUCCUCUUCUCAUUCAGGUGUGCCAAAGCAAACCUACUCCAUCAUCCAAAGUGGAGCCCAUGCGAAUUUGUUGUGUCCCGCAGACUCCAUACCAGAUUAGACUGGAGGCUGAAAAAGUCAUUUGUUUGCUCCAUUUAGUCCUAGAGUCCAGAGCCUGGUGCCCCUUCUC